AUGCGACUCUCCUAUGUGAUCCUUAUCAUUUUUGCGGUACAAGUUCAGAAAUGUGAGGCAGGUCUAUUUGACUGGAUUUCAAAUACUUGGAACAGCGUAAAAACGUCUGUUGUAAAUUGGGUCAACAAAGCUGUUGCUGACGCCAAGAAAUGGGUGAAAAAAGCACUAAAGGACGUAAAUGAAAAGCUUGGCGAGACGUUCGCUCCAGCAAGAAAAUUUGCUGAAGAUGACUGGGACUGUGGUGCUGAUAUUAUGUGGUUUACUAAAUUUUUCGCGAAAAUGGUAACUAUAACUACGUGUCGGGAAAUAAUGACUGACGUUAAUGAUGCUUGCAAAAUGCACGACCGUUGUUAUUCGGAAAGGAAGCACAGUCGGGUCACUUGUGAUUUGGUCUUUUGUGAAAAACUGCUUGCCUUGAAAGAUAAACUUUCAACGCUGAAUCUUUGUGCAGUACCAGAAACGUUUUGUCAUAACACGUUAUACGGAGGAUUUCUGGCUCAUUCAGGAUGA